AUGACAAACGCACUGGAAGAGUCUACAAAUAACAAAGACACUUCAUCGAUUUUAUUGGAACGAGCAAGUGUGUACGAAGCACUUGGUCAGUCAGAAUUGGCGCGUAAAGAUGUACAGCUUGCAACCGAGAAAGAUACUACCAACACAAAGGCAAAAGAAAUUGCAGACCGCCUUUCCAAAAAAUCUCUAGCUACAGCCCCUACACCAAAAGACUCGCGAGUCGAUCGUUUUCGUUCCUUCCUUGAGCGGAUUUCUGAUUCCACCAAGACUACAGAAAUUAAACAAUUCUGUAGUUCUCCUGAGUUUGUCAGUGUCCUGACUGCAUGCGGAGAAGAAGAUACCCCGACAGAAGUGCGUGCCGCGGCCUACAUGUUCCUUACAAAGUUGUUGAACCCUGGCCCUAAUGCCACGCAAUAUCCUAUGUCAUUUAUUAUUGAGCAAUGUGCCAAGUGUUUCUCUCAUUGUAUGGAUACUGGAAAGAAUGUGGACAAACUUCUCGCCUUUCGUACACUUAAUGCAUUAUUCCAGACCAACAUUACAGUAGGCGCAGCUAUUCUUGCUCAGGAAGGUGUUGUGGAGGAGAUCAUGGAUGUUAUUGAAUUUGAAGUAUUGGAUGUACAAAUUGCCAUUGCCAAUGUGUUGGCGAUUGCUUCUUCAGAUAGCAGCUGUCAAAAAGUGAUUGUUAAAUAUGGUAGCGGAUGGCUAGCAAAGACCGCAAGCCGUUCUUCAACAGAUGAGCGUCUCAAAGCUAUAAUUGGCACCACUUUGACCAAAUUACAAGCCCAGGGAGCAAGCGCGACAGCACAAAAAGUCCCAGGCAAUACAGAAACUAAGGACGAAUCACUGGAGGAUGCAAUGCGGCAUAUGAACCUCAAGAACGCGGACUUGACAGAAUCUAUGAAAAAUGUUCUAAAGAAUCAGGCACAGGAUGGCUCGGUUGUGUUGAAUGCUGUUGAAGGGUUAGCAUAUUCUUCUUUGGAGUCUAAUGUCAAGGACUCUUUGGUCAAAGAUGGAAAGUUUAUGAAGAGCCUCGUUGCAGUGGCCAUAAACGCAGCAAAUACCAAUAGCAACCCACUUCUUUUUGGAAUUGGUACUAUAUUGGCCAAUAUCACCAUGUAUAGACCUGUCCUUGAUGAGCAACAACAACAGAUGAAGAAGCUCAGAGACCUUGCGAAUGCUAAAAGCAGUGACAAGGCCGUUCCUUCUGACGAUCCUCUUGAAACUGACAAUGCUGUCGAAACUCGUAUAAAGCUUGCAGUCGAUCAUAGCUCUGCAUUGGCUUUGAUGGUGAUGGCCAAAAGCACUAGCUCUAACAUCCGGAUGGUUGCUGCUCAGACAUACCAUAACCUCGUUACCCCUCAGGCUACACGCGGAAAACUAUUACAACAAGGAAUUGUCAAAUCUCUUUUACCGUUGGCCGGUUCGCAAAAGGAUCCUCAAUGUGCCAUUGUAGCUUCGCAGGCACUCGCAAAACUUGCCAUUACAACUGAUCCUCGCCUAGCAUUUGGGCCUGAACAUUCCCUAGAUCUUGUACGACCAUUCUUGAGCUUGUGCAAAGAUGACAGUAAUCAGCUACGACAGUUCGAGGGCUUGAUGGCUCUAACCAAUCUUGCGUCUGUGGAUGAUAAUGUCCGUCAGGCUAUUUUUCAAGAACAAGGAUUGGUUAUAUUUGAAAAUCUUCAAUUGUCCAACAAUACUAUGGUUCAACGCGCUGCUACCGAGAUGUUAUGCAACAUGACAUUCUGUGAUCCUGUAUUUGAUCUCUAUAGCGACUCUAACAAACCAGGAACACAAAACAAGAUCCGUCUGUUGAUGAUUUUAUCUGAUCAUGAUGACGAAGCCACGAGGCGCGCUGCUUCAGGUACAUUGGCUAUAUUAGCAAACGCCAAGGGGACCUGUGAGAUGAUGGCACGUAUUGAUAAGGGAUAUGAACGUAUUUCACGGCUAAUGAACGAAGAUGAAAUUGUGGAUGUUCAACACCGAGGCAUUGAGAUUGUGCGUUGUAUGAUUAUGCAUCUUGAAAAAGAUGCAGUUGUUCCAUUGGUGGCCGAAGAAGUGGAUAAAAAAUUAGUGUGUAUUGUCAAGACAUGUCAAACAAAUGUAGUCCGUAGUGCGGCUAUGGAUGUUUUGAAGCUAAUGGUUGCCCAUGGUGCUAAGCUCAAACCAUAAAGGAAAAAGAGAGAACUACUUAUAAGAAUAUUGCGUAGAAUUGUGUAUAUCUAUGCAUUUCCCUUACUAAGAAAGAAACAGGAAAAAAAUAGCUUAUAAAAGUGACAUCGAAAUAAAACAAUUUUUUAAAACCCCA